AUGGCAAUCAAGGCGACGCACGACUCGGAUAUUGUCUCUGCCGACCAUGAGAGCAUUCCCAUACAUCGGAUCAAGCAUGCCCUGACAAAAAGUGUUCUCCUCAAAACGGACAUGCGUGUCUUGCCACUGGUGGCGCUGCUCUUUCUUUGCUCGUUUCUUGACAGAACAAACGUCGGCAACGCCAAGAUUAUCGGGCUAGAAAAAGACAUCGAUAUCGAUCCCUCACAGUAUCGCAAUGGUCUCGCCAUCUACUACGCCUGCUACAUUGCCAGCGAAGUGCCCAGCAAUCUCAUCAUCAAAAAGAUUUCUCCCAAAAUUUGGUUACCUUUCUUAACCUUUGCCUGGGGCAUGAUUACGAUUGGUAUUGGCUUCAUGCGCGACUACAAAGACUUUAUGAUACUCCGAGCCGUCCUCGGGAUCUUUGAGGGUGGCCUCUUUCCCGGCAUUGUUCUAUAUUUAUCCAGCAUGUAUACACGUGGCGAGCUUGCUGUUCGCAUCGGUGUUUUCUACACAGGAGGCUCAUUAUCGGGGGCCUUCGGUGGGCUGCUCGCCCGUGGCCUUUCUGCCAUUAGCCCUCGCGGUGGCUUGGAAGGCUGGCGCUGGAUCUUUAUCAUGGAGGGCGUCAUCACUACUAUUGUUGCUGCCGCUUCCUAUAUUGGCCUACCAAAUUCGCUGCAUGAAGCCCCGUUCUUGACAAAGGAGGAGCAGCAGUGGGCUGUAGAACGCCUGAACCAAGAUGAAGGCGGCCGAUUUAGUCGUGCUCUUGCGCGUGAUGAGCCGUUCCAAUGGUGUGAAGUCCGCCGUGGCAUUUUCAACGUACAAGUAUGGCUCAACAGUACCGCUUAUUUCGCCAUUAUCGCGGGGUUGUAUUCAUUUGGCUUGUUUUUGCCCACCAUCAUUAAGGAAAUGGGAAUCGCAAGCAAUGCCAACCAAGUCCAGCUUUGGUCUGUCAUUCCCUUUGCUGUGGCAACUCCAUUCACAGUCUUGGUUGCACUUCUAUCGGAUCGUCUCAAGGUCCGUGGCAUUAUAAUACUCUGCGUGAUUCCCAUUGCAAUUGUGGGCUACGCCGUUAUUGCAAACGCCAAGCAGCCAGAGACGCGCUUUGCCAUGACCUGCUUGAUGGCUCUGGGCAUGUACUGUGCGGUACCGCCAGUAUUAGUUUGGAAUGCUAAUAAUUCGGCUGGUCAUUACAAGCGCGCCACAACGUCGGGUCUACAGCUCGCCAUUGCCAACGCUGGUGGUUUCGUUGCUGCAUUUGUAUACCCAGAUUCGCAAGGACCCUACUAUUAUGCUGGGCAUACAAUUAUUCUCGGGCUGCUGUGCUACGCCUGGUUCGCGGUGCUCGCCAAUAUUUUCUGGUGCGCCAAGAUUAACCGCGACAAAGCACGAGGUGUAUAUAGCAAGUACAUCGGCUCUGGGGAUGACAGAGACCCGGAAUUUAAAAUGGUCCUGUAG